AUGGGGCAAAAGUCUCCCAGCGAUAACGAAGACGAGCUGGGUGGACCACGCACGACAUGUUUUGGGUCUGCCCACCACUCCGUCCUGCCCUACGAUUCCGAUGCAGCGGCCUACCAGAAGCGGUCCAGUUGUCCCUUGGUCUCGUCGACAUGGACGGAUGGGAUUCGAGGGGCGCGACCCAGGACGCAUUUGAUACGAUGCCCGCUGGGUAUGGUGCGCACUACGAAUCGGCAACGUGACCGGAUGUAUAUGGGAAGAGGCGGUGGGCUUGCUGGGGGAACGGCCGCUGUCGACCGCAUUGGGACAGCUUUGGAUCUUCACUGCUUCAGACCGGCAGGUGGCUGUCGUUCGAGGGUGGGCGGAUGGCCGAGGGGAGCUGAAGAGAUGCAGUGGGGUGAGUCGUCAAUUAUUCACUUCAGGUUGUUUGUUGGACACAUUACAAACGACCGUGAAUGA